UUUAACCGACCAGCAUCUCAGGGAGAAGAAGGGGGGAAAAAAAGGAGUUUUCCCCGGCUCUUAUCUGGAGGAAGAAAAGCAGCCACACAGCCGUCGCAACUUCGACCUUAAACUCUCAACGGCAACUUCCUUUUCGGAGAGAAAAAUAUCCUAUAAAGACAGGUUUCCUCUGUGUUUUCCGCCUUGGAUUAAGUUCUGCAUGGAAACAAAUGAUAUUUGAGAGGAGCGGAGAGAGGAGGUGGGUGUCGGGUACGAGCCCGUGUGUUUCUCUGCUUGUUGUUUUAUGCACGGCUCUCUGAUACAAGCCUGUUUGAUUUUGACAAAAGUGGGAAAAAAAAUAGUCCCAAUUGUUGCUGCCGCUGCGUGAUCUAAAUCUGUAAAUAUCUGGGAUUUUUAAAAGACCUAAUCCCGGGGGGGAGAAAAAAAAAAAGAAGAAAACUUCUUGAUACAACAAAAACACAAAUAAUAAUUGUACUACAAUUAUGGCGUUAAAGGCCAAAGUGUUGUACGACUUCCACUCUGAAAACCCAGGGGAGAUCUCCAUAACAGAGAAUGAGCUGGUGACUCUGUUCAGCGAGGAGGAGCUGGAUGGCUGGCUGGAGGGGGAGAACAACAGGGGGGAGACUGGCCUCUUCCCUGCCUCCUAUGUGGAGAUCCUCAGGGACCACAUCACCUCCAACGCCAACAACAACGGCCUGUCCUCACCCAAAAUCAAAGCCCUGACGCCCACCCACACCUCCUGCGCGCCCUCGGACACCCAGUCUCAGAGAGGACUCGGGGCUGGCAGCGGCGGUAGCGGUGGAGGCAGCUUCCACACCAGCCAGGGCAGCGAUGACGACUGGGACGACGACUGGGACGACAGCUCUCCGGCGGCCGACGCAUCUCAGGGUCUCGGCAGAUCGCCCCCCUUGUACCCGGUGACCACCUCCUUGCCCGGGCGGCGCGAGAGCACCCAGCAGCAGCAUCAGCAGGCCAAGAGCUCGGCAACAGUGGGGAGGAACCUCAACAGGUUCUCCACCUUUGUCAAGUCCGGCGGGGAGGCCUUCCUGCUCGGGGAGGCCUCUGCUUUCGUGAAGGAUGGGGAUAGGAUCUGCGUGGUGAUGGGGAAGCACGGACCGGAGUGGCAGGAGGACCAGUAUCCGUUCACGUGCACCAUCGACGACCCCACCAAGCAGACCAAGUUCAAAGGCAUGAAGAGCUACAUGUCCUACGGCCUGACCCCGACGCACACCAACAUACAGGUCAACCGCAGGUACAAGCACUUUGACUGGCUGUACGCUCGGCUUGUGGAGCGUUUCCCGGUCAUCUCAGUCCCCCACCUGCCAGAGAAGCAGGCCACAGGCCGCUUCGAGGAGGACUUCAUCUCCAAGCGGAGGAAGGGACUGAUCUGGUGGAUGAACCACAUGACCAGCCACCCGGUGCUGGCGCGCUGCGACGUUUUCCAGCAUUUCCUGACGUGCGGGGCGGAUGAGAAGGCCUGGAAACAAGGCAAGAGGAAGGCAGAGAGGGACCAGCUGGUUGGGUCCAAUUUCUUCCUGACGAUCAGCACGCCUGCUGUCCCGCUGGACCUCCAGGAAGUCGAGAGCAAAAUCGAGGGCUUCAAGACCUUCACCAAGAGGAUGGACGAGAACAUCGUGGUCGUGAACACCACUAUCAACGAGUUCGCUCGCAAGCAGAUGACCGGGUUCAAGAAGGAGUACCAGAAAGUCGGACAGUCCUUCGCACUCCUCGGGCAGGCGUUCGAGCUGGACCAGCAGGCCUACUCGGCGGGCCUGAACGGAGCCAUCGCCUACACUGGCGAGGCCUAUGAGGCGAUGGGAGAGUAUUUCGCUGAGCAGCCACGCCACGACCUGGCUCCCAUUUCCGACCUGCUGGACCUCUACAGGGGACACCUGGCCAAUUUCCCCGACAUCAUCCACGUGCAGAAGGGUGCGCUGACCAAGGUCAAAGACUGUCCAAAGCAGGAGGGUGAGCUCCACGACCGCUGCAACAUCAUCUCCUGCGCCACGCUUGCAGAGAUCCAGCACUUCCACCGCACGCGUGUACGGGACUUCCGCUCCCAGAUGCAGCACCACCUCCGUGAGCAGAUUGUCUUCUUCCAGAAGAUCACUGCCAAGCUGGAGGACGCGCUUCAAAAAUAUGACGAUGACCAGUAGGGAGAGAUGGGGAGGGAACAGAGGAGUUGGACUUCAAAGAGGGGGGGGGGGACUAAGCUUGAAGAGAAGACCAGACAGGGAUGAUUGAUGUGCUUUUCCUCCUACAUUAAUGGAGAACAUCUUACGGCCCUUUUAAGAAAGAUGCAUUUCUGAUGUGGUGAAUCCUGGGCCUGGUACAAGCAUUAGAAGAAAUAUACCACUCUUUUUUAACAAACAUAGGCCACUGGAUUGUGGAAAGACAACUUCUUGGAUUAAUCUUGACGGCCUUGGUGAAUGUACCAGUAACAGGGAUUUUUGCUGAUGCUCCAGGCACAUCUUGCAACUCAGCGGGGCCGCGAGAGAUAUUAAAAACAGCUGCUCUCAAUGUGACGGGGCUGCCUCUCAAUUCCCGGUUUCAGGGUCACGUGAUCUGUCCACGCCUCUAUAUUCUGCCUCACCACUUCAUGGAAACCUUCUGUUCUGGAACACAUAGUAAACCAACAGAAACACAGGCACGAAACUCCCCGAAUCACUUCAACGGGAUGUUUUAAUGAUUGAAAGACGGGACUUUCGUGAAUUUAACUUUUUCCGUUUUCUCUAUAUGCGUCUGUUUUUACUUGAAUGACCUGUUCAGUAUUGUUUUGAUGGGCCAUGACAGUACGUAAGUAUUUGUUUGUGGAUAUGGAAAGAGGACACGUGGGUGUAAUCUCCAAUGAUGAAUGAGUUUAGUAGUUGGAUUUCAUUGCAGCUUGAAAUUUGGCCUACUUCUGAUGUCUAACAUCCGUCACAACUCGGAAGCUGUCACUUCUUUGCUAUAUUAUAAUUUGAAUAUUUGUGUUGUUAGUUCAUGUCUUGCCGGACUUAAAACCAUAACUGAUCUUCGACCGAUUUAAAAUGUAUUUGACAGACUAUCUUCUUGUUUUGGGAAGUAGCUCCACAGUUCUGUUUCUUUGGGUUCCUGCAGUAGUUUAGUUAUUAAAACCCCCAAGUCCACUUCUGUCUUUCUGCUCUCCCUCAAUCAGGGGAGCUCAGAGGUCAGGCUCAGGGUACAGAAACUUCAACAUGAAGGAUGCUUCCUGGCAAUACAUCUUUGAAUCCAGAUCUUCCAGUUUAAAGCCACCACGUGUAGGCUUUUUCUGUGAUUCUAGCAUAUUUCAAAUUAUUUCAAAGGGUAUUGUCUUUUUUAUUGUUAAAAAAAAGAAGUUUUAAGACAAUCUUAUUGCAAGUCCAUGUGUUCCCUUUCCCCAUUUUGUGUUUUGUGGUACUACCACUUGAGCACGCCAAAGUAGGACAUUUUCAUAUUCUACAUAGUAACUUUAAUAACAGUUACUCUUCUAAGAAUGCUAACCUGCGACUCUAAAUCAUUCUUGUCAAACCUAGUUACCAAAAUAAGCACACAGUACUGUUUGUUGUAGGUCCCGAAUCGAUCACAGAACACUAUUUAGACACCGAGAGGGAAGCUUAGGAUCUGGUGAAGAUAAUCAAUAUAAAUUGACCAUGCAGUAGAUCACUGAGAUAACCAAAUGAAUGCAUUACAAUGUUUUACUGUAUGUAGGGCUGUCAAUUAUAUGCUCACAUAGAGUAUUUAUUGUAAAGGUUGUAGUUCACGUUCCUCCCCUUGGAUUUUUUACUUCACAUGGUUUAUAAUAGGAUACACCACCAGGUAGGUUGUUAACAGUGUUCUUCACAAGCACGUAAUUCACUACAAUGAAAUUGUUCCUUAACACUGUUAAUGUAACAGUAUUUCAGUAAAUAAAUGAAAGUCAAAUUUAUGUCAAUCAUA